GGAGCGGCUGAGUCAGUGCUCGCAUUAACUCAGUCACAGAGGGAGCUCCAGCCACACUGUCAGCUCUGUAACACACACAACCGAGAUCCGGGUGCUGCUCCAGUGCGCGACCGCUGAGACGAAAAAAAAAAAAAAAAAAGUAGCCUGUUGAGGAAGAAGAGCACGUCGGCUGCUGUUGGUGCUGUCGCUGGGGGCAGGAAAGGAUAUUUCAGGUGCACUUUGUUAGCAUAGUUUUAGAGGCAUCUUGCUGUCGGACGGAACAUAUCAGAGUCGAAAGGGAACCGAGGUGGACGUGUGCUUUCUCCCGCAAGAGGAUGGCAUCAAAUGACUCGCGGCUCCAGCAGCAGCCCUCUCAGAAGGAUGCGGCUGACCAGAACUUUGACUACAUGUUCAAACUGCUGAUCAUCGGCAACAGCAGCGUGGGAAAAACCUCCUUCUUGUUCCGCUACGCAGACGACUCCUUCACCUCCGCCUUUGUUAGCACCGUGGGCAUCGACUUCAAGGUCAAGACUGUCUUCCGCAAUGACAAGAGGAUUAAGUUGCAGAUCUGGGACACAGCAGGUCAAGAGCGCUACCGCACCAUCACCACAGCCUACUACAGAGGAGCCAUGGGCUUCUUGCUCAUGUAUGACAUCACUAACCAGGACUCCUUCAACGCAGUGCAGGACUGGGCAACGCAGAUCAAGACAUACUCAUGGGACAAUGCUCAGGUGAUCCUUGUUGGUAACAAGUGUGACCUGGAGGACGACAGGCUCAUACCCACAGAGGACGGCCAGCGACUGGCAGAGGAGCUAGGUUUCCAGUUCUUUGAGGCCAGCGCUAAGGACAACAUCAACGUGAAGCAGGUGUUUGAGCGUCUAGUGGACGUCAUCUGUGAGAAGAUGAAUGAGAGCAUGGAGGGAGACGUCAACCUCGUAUCCAACCACAGGAACCAGGGCCUUAAAGACUCGCCUUCAGAGAGCCACGGGGGCUGUUCUUGCUAAACCGUCUGCUUUCUUACCAAGUCUCCCAACAAACACACACACACACACACACACACACACACACAAACACACACACACGCACGCACACACACACGCAGACAUGCACUGAUACUUCUACACGAAGAUCAACUCCUUCUCUGUGCCUCAACCAUGGAAAGUGCCGCAUCUCUUCCUCUCUCUUCACUCCAGCCACGCCUAGCUCUGCUUUGUCCACACUUUGCAUCACAAACCAAAGGACAGCUAGAUGAGAUAAUCCUCAUCAGUUCUGUCAGACCCCCCUCUGCUCCCCAGGCCUGCCUUUCUGUGUUUUCCCUUAAAGGGGCCCAAUCUGCCCCUGUCUGUGUCUGUGGUCUCAAUCCAUCAGGUCUGUGGCGAGCUGAUAGUCUAACAAAACCUGCCCCAUGCUCUGUCCACUCCCCACAUCAACGGCCUUGACCAAUUAGCAUCAUAAAUUUACUACAUUUAAAACAUUUGUUCAGUACCUUUAGUUUUUCUUUCAUAUAUUUGUGCAGAUACCCAGAAGCUCGUGGUGCCAAAUGGGAUGGAGUCACUAAUAAUGUGUGAGGGCACCUGUGUGUUUGGGAUUAAUUCUUUUUCUGACAUGAGAGCGGUAUUCCUCUUUCUCUCUAAGAAAAGCGAAUAACCCCAUUGAACCUACUAAAUGUUGAAAGAAAUCUAAUUCCGUUAACAUAUACAGUCAGAAUUCACAGUCUCUAACAUUCCUUAAAUAUGGAUGUAUCAGUACAGCUCAUCCAAAUGAAAUUCAGGUGUGUGAAUACACGUAUGCCUUCAUGUUGUCUUUUCUCCUAUUAUGAAGUUAAAGAAGAUAGACUGAGAUCAAGAUGGUACAGAAAGCCAACAGGAUCCCGUCAUGAACCUUAUCUUAUGUUCUGAAUCUUGCUGCCAGUCUUGUGCUGCUCUUUGCCUCCUUUUCUCUCACACUAACACCGAGGCGCUGUGAGGAAGUCGUUUAACACUGGUGACACUUGUAUUUGUCACGUGACCUAGCUGAUGGCAUGUCCUCGCUCACCCCUUUGUGCCACUCUUUCUUGAACGUGUUCUCUCACACACAUACACACAGACAUGCUUUCAAGACCACACACACACACACACACACACACACACAGUUCUCCUAACUGCAGCAUGGCAAAACAGUUGGCAUGGCAAACAUACUAUGCUUAAUAACUUGAGUAUUUACUAAGCAGUGAAUUAAACUUUAUGUUUGUUUGAUUGUGCAAACGCAGCACAGUGUGUGUGAGUGUGUAUACUGAGAAAGGGAAGAACACUGAUCUCUGAGAAGCAUAUGUUUAUGUCUCAGCUGUGCUAUUGCCGCUAUCAGGAAAAGUAAUGUGCUGGUGCGUAAUGUUAGUUAGACGAUCCUGUGUCACUUUAUAUCCCGUUACUGUAAAAUCUGCCAUCUUUUCAUUCAAGUUUAAUAAAAUGAUGUUUUAUCUACAUUCCACAGUAUGUUUGCCACCUGUUAAACUAUAGGUUUAAUAGCUUCUGUUGUUCCUUUAUGAUAUUUUUGACAUUUCAGUAUUGAGUGGUCAACCUCCUCCUGCUGAAAGCUGUGUCCUGAAAUCGAGAUUUUAAAAUUUGCAGUGUCGUUGGAUUGGAGUACAAAUCAGGAAUGGAAAGAACUUUAAAAAAGGCUUUUUGUUUUGCAGUUUUUGUCCAUUAAUUGUCAUUUACACUGUCACGGUGCACGUGUUGAACACUGACUGUCAGUUAGCAUCAACCACAACCUCUACACCACGAUAGAAGCCUCACGUUGUCAUGCCAAAGCCUGUCCUCGCUCUGCACAGCUGGGAUGGGGGGGGGGUCUGCUCACUCCCUCCUGUUGUACAGGCCUGUGGUCAGUUAUCUCUCCUGUCAGUGUGCGUGCUGCUGAAGAGGGGAUAGUUUCAGGUAGCUGGUAUUAUCAUCUCAUCUGUACCUCUGUGAGCUGUGAUGCAGGGGUUUGAUACUAGGAAGUUGUGUACACAGUCACUGGCUCAUAACACUACAUUUGUGUAAAAGCACUGGGUGGUUUUGCUAUAUAUUUAAAUGGAAAGCUGAGGCAUCAGAGAGGGUACAUUGUCUGUGACAGUGUCACAGUGGCGGCUGCUGCUUGAAUACAUAUUGAAUGUGCUAAAGUUGUACCUGGGCACUGCUGUGCUAAACUGUCCACUUGUCUAGUAUCUGCCAUAUCGAUGAACUACUGACUCUGACGCUGUUGUACAAAUAGGUUUGUAGCAUCCAGAGCUGUACGUCUGUUGUGUCCUCUUUCUCUCUUAGGUUUAUGGUCUCUUUGUUUUCAUGUGUUGCAUUCCUGAUAGCUUUCUAAAAGAAGGGAUAUCAGCUCCUUUGAUCCCUUUAUUUUAAGUUCUGAGUGUGUUGGAUGGUUGUGAUAAAGUGCAUCUUAUAAACAAGAAUAAAUUGAACAUGUUGAAAUGUGUAUAUGAAAAUAAAGAAUAUAUUCAUUACAAA